UGUCUCUGAGAAUGGUUGAAUAAGAUGGCCACGGUUGGGAAAUGUGCAGGGGAAGAUCAGUUGAAAAGUACAACACUGAAUUAUUGACUUCUUAUAAUAAUCCUGCACAGUGGAGUCCAGCUCUACACCAAGAUAUCUAAUCCCCUAGUAGUGAUGAUUAAGCACUAAACAUUAUUGGUUAACAAAUCUUCCAACAUUGACACUAUCUUCCUUGCUGUUACCAAGUCAAAGACCCCAUCAUCCCCUUAGUGUUCUUAUUCCAAGCUUCAUUAAUUUUCCUUGGAAAAGAAAUUAUUUGAGCUUCUCAUUUUCUCAAUCAAUUCCAUUUCAGCUAGCCUGCAGCUACCAUGCAAUUGCUUCCAAGCUGAAGCCAAGAACAGCAGCGAUGGCGCAAUCGCGUUCACACGCCAUGGCCGCGUUCGCCUUCGUCGUCGUCUUCCUCCUCUCCGGCGCGCCGGGAGCCCGGUCGCAGCAGCCGUACGGCUCGCAGGUGGCCGACUGCCCCAACAAGCACAACGACACCGGCCUCCUGGGCUACUUCUGCAGCAGCGGCGGCGGCGGCGGCGGCGCGCCGUCGUCGUCGUCGUCGUCGUGCCAGACCUACCUCACCUUCCACGCCACGCCGCGCUACCCCGACCUCGCCGCCAUCGCGUCGCUCCUCGGCGCCGACGCGUCCAGCCUCGCCGCCGCGAACUCCGCGGCGUUGCCCACCGCGGCGCUCGCGCCGGGCGCCAAGGUGCUCGUCCCGGCGACCUGCUCCUGCACGGGCGCCGCCUACUACCAGCGGAACGCGACGUACGUGGCGGUCGCCGGCGACACGCUGCUGGUGAUCGCGAACGACACGUUCCAGGGCCUGUCCACGUGCCAGGCGGUGCAGGAGCAGGCCCUCGGCGACGCGCCGGCGAGGUCGCUCCUGGCGGGGCAGCGCGUCACCGUGCCGCUCCGGUGCGCGUGCCCGAGCGCCGCCCAGGCCGCCGCCGGCGUGAGGUACCUGGUGACGUACCUGGUCGACGAGUUCGACGAGGUGGGCGCCAUCGCUGCGAGGUUCGGCGUCGACGCCGGGAACAUCUCGGCGGCCAACGAGAUGGCCAUUACUGACACCAUAUACCCUUUCACAACGCUGCUCAUCCCCGUCAAGUCCAAGCCCGACGUGUCGCAGCUCCGGUCGCCGCCGCCGCCGCCUCCUCCGCCGCCGGCGGCGCCUGCUCCGACCACGAACCGCAAGAACCACACCGGAGUCUACGUCGGCAUCGGUGCGGCCGCCGUGGCUGUUCUCGCCGUGGUCACCGCCGUUGUGGCUGCCCUUGCUGUGAGGGCGAGGAGGCAGCGACGGCGAGCCACCGCCGCUGUCGCCGCCGCCGGAGGCAAGGGCGGUAAAGGCAACGACAAGGCGUCGCCGGCGUUCACCGGCGGCGAGGUGUCCGUGUCGAUCAGCGAGGCGUUCUCGGGCCUCUCCGACAUCAAGUCCUCCCUGAAGGUGUUCACCUACGCGGAGCUCGCGGCGGCGACCGACGGCUUCAGCCCGGACCGCCGCGUCGGCGGGUCGGUGUACCGCGCCGUGUUCAACGGCGACGCGGCCGCCGUGGAGGUCGUGGACCGGGACGUGUCGGCGGAGGUGGAGAUCAUGAGGAAGAUCAACCACCUCAACCUUGUCAGGCUCAUCGGCCUCUGCCACCACCGCGGCCGGUGGUACCUCGUCUCGGAGUACGCCGAGCACGGCACGCUCCGCGACCGCCUCCUCGCCGGCGGCGGCGCGCCGCCGCUGAGCUGGUCGCAGCGCGUGCAGGUGGCCCUCGACGUCGCCGAGGGGCUCCGCUACCUGCACGGGUACACGCGGCCGCCGUACGUGCACAUGGACGUCAGCAGCGACAGCGUCCUCCUCGCCGGCGGCGCCGACCUCCGCGGCAAGCUCCGCAACUUCGGCGGCGCCAGGGUCAUCCGCGGCGGCGGCGGCGAGGCGUUCACGAUGACGAGCAACAUCGCCGGGACGCGCGGGUACACGGCGCCGGAGUACCUGGAGCACGGCGUCGUGUCGCCCAAGGCCGACGUGUACUCCCUCGGCGUCGUGCUCCUGGAGCUCGUCACCGGCAAGGGCGUCGACGAGCUGGAGGCCGACGGCGCCGGCGACCCGUUCGCCGGCAUGAACGCGCUGGCCGGAGACCUCGACGGCGGCAGCGAAGACGACGCGGCGGUGACGAGGAGAAUGGAGGAGUUCUUGGACCCGGCGAUGGCGGCGACCGGGAGCAGCUGCCCGCGCGAGGCCGUGGCGAUGAUGGUGAAGCUGAUCGAGAGGUGCGUCCGCCGCGACGCGGCGGCGCGGCCGGGAAUGGGGGAGGUGGCGCAGCAUCUGCUGAUGUUGCACGGCGUCUCCGGCGACGGCUGGCACAGCUCGCUGGAGCACUACCGGAGCUCCGGCGGCGACGGCGGCGAACAGCCAUAGUUCAUAGCGGUGGCUAAGCAUCAGAGACGAUUAAAGAUACUUAUUAGUAGGAUUUUAAUUUUUUUUGAGAUGAGAAGAUACAUAGGAUGCAAUUAGUUCAGUUCAUAUUAUCAAAGAUGAUUUCACCGUCAUUUCAAUUUUUCAGCCGGUAUAAAAAACAGCAAAUGUAUUUAAGUGCUCCUAUACUUAUUUGAAAAAGAAUGAAGCGUAUUUACAUUCUACUAUGGGUAUUA